AAGCUCUUGCCAUAGUGCUUUGAACCUACUGCACUCUUGCGAUAUCCUACGGAAUAGUGUAUUUUGAAGAAGAGAAAUCUUACGAUGUAGUGAGAAUGAACUCGAUAACGACCGACUCGGGUGGAGAGCUUUCGGAAGGCUCAAAAGUGCAUGUUCAGUGGCAUGACUUGGAAAUCUACGCAGCACGGCUCGUCGCUACCUCUGACGACAAGCAAAUGCUCUUAAAGAAAAUGGAAAAAACAAUUUCAGAGCAAAACAGGUCGACUGCCGGGGAUUCUAAAAAAAAGAAAGAAGCAUCCCGAAAGCGCCAACUUGAUGCAGACCUCCUGGGUGAAAUUAGAGAUGCAAAAGAAUGCAAGCAGCAAAAAGAGAUUGCAGUGUUGAAAGCUGAAAACGCUGCAUUGAAAACAAAGUUAAAGAAGUACCAGAAGCUUGAUGGCUUCCUCAAGAGAGCCGAAAGCCUGGUGGAAGCACUGGAGCUGCAGAAAAACAAGAGUACUGACAGAUGCUCUGAAAGCCUUGGGGACGAGCUUUUGGAAAAUGAUGUCAGCCAUUUACAACCUGCCAUGGUGGAGCAACAGAUUCAUUCACAUAGCCUGGGCAUUGUGGAGGAGCAUGUUCCAGACAUACAUGUUCGAGUGGAGGAAGGAGUGGAAAAUCAAAGCCCUAUCUCUCUCAGGAAGCCCCUUAUGCCGUCCUCUGCUUCAAAUGGAGAAACGUUGUGGCAGCUAGAACCAGAAUCAGGAAUAUUUGCUGAAAAAGGUGUUCUCUGCAGCCUCGAACACUUUGGGAAAAGUGCAACAGGCGUGGCACGGGCACGGCUUAACACGGUGUUCACACCACAAGCCCUCGUGUCCUGCUCAGUUAAAGGGAACCGGGCCAAGAGUGCCCAUCGCCCGUGUGAGCAACGGCCUCCACUCCACCCUGGAGCACUUCAAGCUAUUUUGUCAUACACGAGGGCCUUCUCAGCAAAGAAGGGUGUGGACUUCAACGAGAAGGUGGUGUUGCUCUCCAUUGGGACAAAGCUAAGUGAGCUGAGAAGCGAGAAGGCAAAGCGCCAGAUGUAG